GGAUGAAAAACAAUUAACCCCUGGCUCUUAUUUGGCUGCUGCCACCUCUUUCGGCCCAAAUUCCUUCUUCUACCUCUCGAUCUUCGCGGUCUGGUCUUUUUUCGAUCUCUCUCGCCUUUUCCGUCCUCCCUCUCCGUGCGGCAGAGAAUUAGGGUUCCCCCCAAAGCUGAAAGUGAAAGGCGGUCUCUGCCUGUCACUGAGCCAGUCUACUUCUCAACCUUCAGCCCACACCUUAUUGAAUCUGGAGCUCUCUCUCCCUUGGAAUUACCUUACCCGCUUCGUUUCCCCCUCCAAGUUUUAUCAUAGGGGUUACAGAUCUGCACGGGUCUCUGUGCUUCAAGCUUUUGCUUGCUGGAUUUUCACUGUGGGUCCUGAAUCGUAGUUAGUCAGUCAUGUUUUGGAAGCUGCCUAUUCUCUCUGCUUCUUCUCCUGUGGAGGCAAUACUAGACAAGGAGAAUUUCACAUUAGAAGAGCUUCUUGAUGAGGAAGAGAUAAUCCAAGAAUGCAAAGCUUUGAAUAGUCGUCUAAUUAACUUUUUGCGUGAUAGAGCCCAAGUGGAGCAGUUACUGCAUUACAUAAUCAAUGAACCUCCAGAAGACUCUGAAAGUCAACGAGCCUUCAAGUUUCCAUUCAUUGCCUGUGAGAUUUUCAUCUGUGAAAUCGAUGUUAUCCUCAAAACUUUGGUGGAGGAAGAGGAGUUAAUGGAUCUUCUGUUCUCUUUCCUGGAACCUGAGCGUCCUCAUAGUGCCUUGUUGGCUGGCUACUUUAGCAAGGUUGUUGUUUGCCUGAUGUUACGCAAGACAGUCCCCCUAAUGAACUAUGUUCAGGCUCAUCAGGAUGUUUUCCGCAAAUUGGUUGACUUGAUUGGCAUUACUUCAAUCAUGGAGGUUCUGGUUCGGCUAGUGGGUGCUGAUGACCAUGUGUAUUCCAAUUUUGUCGAUGUGAUGCAAUGGCUGGCAGAUAGUAAUUUGCUGGAAAUGAUCGUGGACAAGUUGAGCCCUUCUUGCACUCCCGAAGUUCAUGCUAAUGCGGCAGAAACGCUAUGUGCAAUUACUAGGAAUACUGGAUCGGCCUUGGCAACAAAACUCUCUAGUCCGAGUUUUGUUGCAAGGAUAUUCAGUCAUGCAUUGGAAGAUUCACAUUCAAAAUCUGGUCUUAUUCACUCACUAUCGGUGUGCAUCUCUUUACUGGAUCCAAAAAGAUUUACAAAUGCAUCGCUCAUGAUGCAUUCUUUCCGAAGUCAACAUAUGUACGAGGCUCCAAUUCCCGUAAAUCCAGAGACCAUAGAUGCAAUGUUGCCUCAUCUUGGUGAUUUGCUCCAGCUGUUAAAUGUAUCAUCUGAUGAGAAGAUUUUGCCCACAACAUAUGGACAACUGAAGCCUCCCUUGGGGAAGCAUCGUCUAAAGAUCGUCGAGUUCAUUGCAAUUUUGUUGAAAACUGGCAAUGAAGCUGCAGAGAAGGAAUUGGUUAGCUCAGGAACUGUUAAGAGAGUACUUGAUCUCUUCUUUGAGUACCCAUUCAAUAAUGCCUUGCACCAUCAUGUGGAAAGCAUUACAUUUUCAUGUUUGGAGACCAAGAGUGAGUCUAUGAUUGAUCAUCUGCUUCGUGAAUGUGACUUAGUAGGCAAGCUUCUUCAGACGGAUAAGAACCCUGUUAUCUCUGGUGAUCAAAAUCAGCCAACUUUACCUGCGACUGGGAAACGGCUUCCAAGGUCAGGAAAUCUUGGACAUAUUACUAGAAUUUCCAAUAAGCUUGUUCAGCUGGGAAACAGCAACAGCUGCAUUCAUACAUAUUUACAGGAAAAUAGUGAAUGGAAGGAUUGGCAAACCAUUGUGUUGCAGGAACGCAACAAUGUCGAAAAUGUCUACCGAUGGAAUUGUGGCCGUCCUACUGCACUCCAAGAUAGAACUAGGGACAGUGAUGAGGAUGACCUUCAUGAGAGAGAUUAUGAUGUAGGAGCUCUCGCAAACAACUUAAAUCAGUCAUUUAGGUAUAAAAUUUAUGGGAAUGAGGACGCUGAAGAGCAGGAAAAUGGUGGCCUUGAUAGAGAUGAUGAGGAUGUCUACUUUGACGAUGAUUCUGCUGAAGUAGUUAUAUCAUCUCUCAGACUUGGUGAUGAGCAAAGCAAUCUAUUCACAAACUCAAACUGGUUUGUGUUCAAUGACGAGCGAGUUGGCGGUGAACCUGUCAGCACUUCUUCAGCUAUGGAUGUGAUGGAAGAGAUCAACUUGAACGGGAAUAAUGCGAACAGUGUUGGUGGUAACAGCAGUAGUGAUGACGAGGUGGUGGUGGGAGAGGACGAAUUGACCACCGAAACCAAAGAUGAUUCAAUUUCUGGUGGUGGUGGUGCAUCCACUUCUGACGCCAACGACUUCAAUGGUUUCCCUAGUAAUGGACCAAGUCCACAGACCAAUGAUGAGACCACUGAUGCGGGCUUCUUCAAGUUCGAGACUCCAGAGGCCGAGGACUUAUUUGCAGAAAGGCCAUUGCCUGAAUGGGUAGCGUGGGGGUCAUCAGACCUACCAAUUGGCGGUUCGUCCAGUCUGAAUCCAUUCCUUGAUCAAGACACCCCUGAUGAUGCCAAUAUUUCCAAUCAAGCUGAUGUGGCUACGACCGAAGUUAGUUCUGAAGAACCUGUACUGCCAAACGGUUCCUCGCCAACCAGGGAGUCUGGCAGUGGCAGUGAUGGUUCUGCAAAGAGUGAUUCAAGUCAGAGAGCAGUCACUGCAGUGCCCUCGCUGUUCGAGGAGGACGUGGAGUUUGUAGGGGUGGAACCUGAAGGUACUGAGAAGGCGAUGGAUCAGGCUCUGAAGGAAGGGAUUGUCGGUGAAGCUGGACCAUUGAAGAGGAGCAUGGCUCCUUCGCAAUUGGCAGAGAAGGAGAACCCAGAUGAUGGUAAGGAGUUCAACGACGCCAACUAUUGGAGGGUUGAUCAAGAGGUUGCCGUUCUCGAGUGAUAGAUGGGUUGGUGUUUCGUUUUUCUUCUCUUUCAGUCUCUUGUAAACUGGACAACAUAUGGAAUUAAAAGUGUAGAACUACAGCGGGGAUGAUGCCCCAGAAUCCUGCAGGGUGUUUUUAAGGGUUAGCUGAUUUUAUGUAGAGUGUAAUUUUUGGUGGAGUUUUUUUAUGGUCGGGUUGGGAUUGGGGGGAACGGAUAGAUUCAUAGAGAGCUGUGUUUAGGGACACCUUUAAUCUUUGACUAGUGUCUGUCAUUAGGUAGUUAUAUUGUUGAUUUAACUGAACUCUUGCUAAACCUCCAGCUGUUAUCUUCUAUAUUCUCUACACAGAAGCACAAACUAAGGUCGGGAAGAGCCUGAUGCACAGCAGACAGAAGGCAAAUUCGUUGGUUGGUUUGUUCGUCGGAGGGAGGGAGACGAUAGAGGUGGUGCUGAACGAGCUGCUGGGGAAGAAGGUGAGGGUGAAAUGAAACGAGGAUGACAUGAUCGGUGACCUUAAGAAGCUGAUCGUGGCCCAGACGAGUUAGAGCCUGAAUUCGACGAAGAUUUGUAUGAGGUUGAUUGUGUGUUCUAAUCUUCCAAGAUGGAGAGAAUCAACUACCCUUAGGCCUUAGGUGGAAUGGAAGUAGAGCUUUUAUAAGCAUUCCAGAAUGGAUAAUAUGCCCUGACAUGAGAGCAGUUCCAGCUAAGCUUCGUCACUAAUUAUCCACAACAGCUCUCUCGUACAUGACCAUGCUCUUGCAGGAGCAGAUUCUGCAGUCAGGGGUUCAUUAAUCCACCAACCAAAUAUCGUCAUUGCCGAGCUCUGUUAGUAGAUACAGGAUAUGGAAUGGACCACAGGGCUGACACCAGCAUUGACUGACAGACUGGGUGAGAAGUGAAGGCAGUCAUUUAGGCGCACACAGUUUUCCACCAUAUGUUGUUUUCCAUUCAUUUUGUCUAUACACGAUUGAUUGCUCAUUUUGCCAAAUUUGGUACCUGGAUGGCUCUGCAUCUUGCUCUCCCAUGGAAGAAAGGAAGAAAGAAAGCGGUUUUUGAAGUGGUCCUUUCCUUUGCCGAGUACAGUGUACUGCAUGAUAGAGAACCAAAAGAGGGUUAUACUGUACUGGACAUCAAAUCGAGGUUCAGGAAACCAUACCGGAGGUUAUGCCGGGAAAGUGAAUGGUAGGAUAUUUUGUAUUAAAACCGUGGUUUAACCGUGAUUGAACCGUUUCCUAACGCAUAUCGUUUUGAGUCCGGUAUCCGGUAUUUCCGGUCCGACCAGCCGGUACGGUAGAGUUUCCUAAACCUUGCAUCAAAUACACCAGCAAGUGCUAGCUAGAAAUAGGGGUAGUGGGAUAGAGUUCACUGUCUUGUUCCAUCUCCCUCAUGACUGAUCAGUUAUGUACCUAUGUAGUAUCAAGUAUGUAUUGAAUAAGUUCAAUCCUUAUCCCUUGCGG